AAACAGAGGAAGACAGGGCAACUUUACCCUGAAGCAACGAACACGUUAUUUAAGACAUUGAUCGUGUUUCUCUCACUUUGUGUCUUUAUCAGGAUCCUCGUCUGAAGCGUCUUUGGUGACGUUGACAAACCGAAACCUUUAGUUCAACUUAAACGAGCCGUCGUGCCUCUAUUUAUCUAAAGCUACGGCUAAAGCUAACCGAGGCUAGCUGAAUGCUACAUGUUAGCCAAGGAGUAUUCUGGGUUAAAUGGUGUUUUAAUAUACAACACAUGGAUAAAUUAUAUUAGGAUUCUUAAAUUAACCCGCUAGCUACCUGGCUAAGUUAAUAAGUAAUUGCUAAACAUGGUAUUUGUGGCUUCUAACGUGCUGGACGCUACGAGACGUUUCAAAUCGGACCUUUCACAUUGUUUGCGACCUUAGCAAGAGCAGUGUCCUAACCUGGAAAGGGACGUCGUCACUGGGACUGAAUUUCUAUGAAACACCGGUGAAACUAGGAUCUCUCCUCAUGGCUACUUUCGGCUUCACUCCUGCCAGUGAGCAGGAUUUCUUCUGCGCUGAGACGAUGGGUCAGUCCAGCUCUAAAGCGAACUGUGUGAUCACCGGGGAAGAGGCCAGGCAGUUCUACGAGAACUUAACGAAAGAAGGUGCUCGAGGAAAAGAAGCAUCAAAGAGUGUCCGCCGACAAACCAGAGAGUCCAACAGAAGAGCCCGGAGGAGAGACAGGGCCGCAGACACGCAUCAGAACCCAACCAGUUCAAGAGUGGAAAGACAGACUGGGAGAGGAAGUGAAGACUCCCAAAGGAGAGAGACGCCAUCGAGCAGCAACUCAGAGAGCUCCACGGAGCUCCUGGGACUCAGGUUCCUGCGCUGUGCCAACGAGGGGGACGUCCCUGCCCUCAGAGACCUGCUCUCCAGGGGGGUGGACAUUAACUUCCAGGAUUCGUACUUCUGGACGGCGAUGAUGUGUGCGAGCUGGUCUGGACAGAGAGCUGCGGUGAGGCUGCUGCUGACACAGGGAGCCGCCUGGGUGGGAGUGGUCGACACACGGGGAAGGGAUGCCAAAGACCUGGCCCUGGAAGCGGGCCACCGUGACGUGCUGGAGGAGUUGGCGAGCUACGGGAGAAGUGCUCAGGAAGACACCAAGUUGGGUGGCAGUUCCUUUCAGGCUCAGUGGUGUGACGUGUGUUGCAACCAGUACAGCAGCAGCCUGUCGUCUCAUCUCUCCUCCACUCUGCACCAGUUCAGUGUGCGGCAUCCUCCCCCCACCCCACUCUACUGUCUCCCCGCCUCCAGCAACAGCUACAAGAUGAUGCUUCGCUGUGGCUGGAAACCAGGGUCGGGACUGGGCCCAGAGGGGGAGGGGCCGCAGCAGCCAGUGCCGACUGUGCUGAAGAGGGACCAUGAAGGUCUGGGCUUCGGACACAUGAGAAGAGCCAAAGUUACACACUUCCAAGCCAGGGACCGUGACGCCAUCAAACCACCGUUCAAGCAUCUACAGGAGAGGAAAGGAAAAGGGAGGAGGAAGGAAGAAAGUAGCAGAAAAGAGCAAAGGGAGAAAGAGUGGGAGAAAGAUUUCCGGGCUUCUUUUAAUUAUUGACAUCUGCUCACCGGGACUUUCCCUCUCCCACCUAUUUAAUUGAAAGUACUUCAAAAACAUGAGACCCACCCUCACUAAGCAGAAGGGAGGAUUUAAUACACUGGAGGUAUUUCAUCCUGGAGAUCAGAGUGAGGAGCGCUCACGCUGCAUCGACACUGUCUCUGACCUGAGAUUCAUCUUUGACCUGAGAUUUUUUUUUUUUUAAAAAAGAUGUUUGUGUUUGUUUACUGUGACGAUGCUUUUUUUUUUUCACAUGGAGCAUAACAUAAAUAACUUGACUCUACCUCCAAGCUGAUCCUCAGUCAAUCAGGUGUGGUUAUACCUACAGGUUAUACAUUCGCCAAAUGUGUCAUUGUGAUUAUAUUACUAAAUAUGGACGGUUACCAUUGACCCACAAAGACAAACAAACAUGACAGAGAGCAAAGAAAUGUUCCUGACGUGGGAAAGGAAAGUUUAUUUAGUGUCAGAAGAUUUUUGUUAUUAUAUUUACUCUCUUUCUCUACAAGUCGGCAUCAGUCGACCACCACUUCUACUCAGACUUUACAUUUGGUAAACAACAUAUUUGUAUCAUUCAAAAUAUGUCAAUUAUUUUAUAUAUUCUGUAUUUUGUACAAAAUGACAUGAUACAAAAAUCAACAUGAUCACUAUUAUUUGUUUACAUAAGAUUUCAAGUUUCUGAUGAAAACGAUAAUAAUGUGUUUGUGCAGCAUUGUCAAUAAAUUAAGAAGAUAAUUCAGUGUU